UUUUCACAACACCUCUCUUAUCGUGUCUACUUGUUAACUCUCUCCAUCAACAUGAGCGGACGUGGCAAAGCCGGUAAAGCCAAGGUCGGCAAGUCGAAGACAAGAUCGUCUCGUGCUGGACUCCAGUUUCCAGUCGGACGUAUUCACCGUUUAUUGAAAAAAGGAAACUACGCUGAACGUGUUGGUGCUGGUGCUCCGGUUUAUCUUGCUGCCGUCAUGGAAUACUUGGCCGCCGAAGUUUUGGAAUUGGCCGGUAACGCCGCACGUGACAACAAGAAAAGUCGUAUCAUUCCCAGGCAUUUACAGUUGGCAAUCAGAAACGACGAAGAGCUGAACAAAUUGUUGAACGGUGUAACCAUCGCCCAAGGUGGUGUGUUACCCAAUAUCCAAGCCGUUCUCUUACCCAAGAAGACUGACAAGGCAAAGACUGCUUAGGAUAUUACAAUUACUUUCCCACCCAUUAAAACGGCCCUUUUCAGGGCCACUAAAUCGUUUGACUUCGAAUGUUAUUUUUUUAAUUUUGUACAAUUAAUACUAAGUAACGUGAUUAUUUGAAGUUAAACGGAUGUUUUACUACGUAAUGCACGUUUAUCCUGCAGAG